AUGAUUCCGAUCAUCCCACUUGAGGCUGCUGUUACAAUUGACAACAACAAUAAUAACGUUGACGAAAUGUCCCAGGGUCCAAAACUAUAUAUAACUACCAAUCUCAAUGGAGAUGACACAAUUUUUGAAGUUUUCCAGAUGCAAAGCGACUCCAACUUCGCACUGGAGCGAUCACUGGAACUCACAUAUGGAGGAAUCGUUCGCACCUGCAUUCUCUACGGAAACGAAAUUUACAAGUUGGAAGACAUUGAUGUUCGCAUGCUGAACGAAUCGGAGUUCUUGCAUGCCCUCCACCGAAAUGUUCGACUUUUGAUUUAUGUUCCAACUGUAAGUCUUAGAAUAAAAAACAAAAUCAUACGAUAG